UCUCUCUCUCUCUCUCUAAAGUAACACAACCUCAAGUUCGCGCGUCGCCACCUCUCUUUAGAAUCUCUCUCUCUCUAAAACCCCUGAUCAACGGGAACGCGUGGCGAGGUCCCAACAAGUCGUUUGAAAAGAAGAAUCACUGCUAGCUCUCUCUCUGCUACCCGUUGGUCUGUUCUCCUCGCCGAUCUCAGCCCUGCCUCGCCGAUUAAUUCCUCUUCUCUCUCUCUCGCUCUCUCUCUCUGUAUGCCGCAAUGUCGAGGAUGUUGGAGCUACGAACUCUAACGAAAUUUGGGAAUCUUUUGCAGCCUUCUCAGGCAUCCAUUUCUUCGAUCAUUCAAGAUGUUGGGAAUCUUAUGAGUAGUAGACUACCUUCUGUGUUAGGCAGACAUCACUCAUUUUGCAAGCUGCCUAAGAUUAGAAGAGGUUACAGAAUGCAUCCGACUGUCUCACCAAAUACACGGUAUGCGCAAGGUUCUAGGAAAAGGGUUCCUCGAACCUUUUCUUACAGUAGUUAUUCUUUUCCACCUGUGAAUAGAAUUGUAUGCUUUGUGAGCCUUGCGAUCACAAGAUCACGCCUCCUUACUCCAAGUCUUCUUUCUUUCUUCAUUGGAGAGGCAGCAUGGGAAAGAAGAAAUGCCGCAGAACGCAAACCUCUUCCGAAAAGGACUACCAUUUACAUGCAAGCUGAAGAUGGACAUAUUUAUUUUAUCUCGCUUAUUUUAUCCCUCAUUGAGGGCCUUUUGCUAUUUUUGAGAGCAAUCUAUUUGGCGGUGUUGUUCACUCCUUCUCUAUUGACGAGUCCAUUUGCCGAUUGUUUUGGUCUUCAAUUUCGCAAAAUUUGGAUUCAAUUGGUUCAUCUCACCCUAGAAAAGGCAGGCCCAGCUUUCAUAAAAUGGGGUCAAUGGGCUGCUACUCGUCCUGACCUUUUCCCUAUAGACCUCUGCUCUGAGUUGUCAAAACUUCAAACUAAAGCACCAGCACAUAGCUUUUCUUACACAAAAAAAACUAUAGAAAAUGCAUUUGGUCGUAAACUCUCGGAAAUCUUUGAGGACUUUGAGGAGGAUCCUGUGGCCUCAGGUAGUAUUGCUCAAGUUCACCGAGCAUCAUUGAGGUUUAAAUACCCUGGUCAUCGAAUCAAAACCAUGGUGGUCGCAGUCAAGGUCAGGCAUCCUGGUGUUGCAGAGUCGAUAAGGAGAGAUUUCUUGAUUAUCAAUUCGGUUGCAAAAAUAUCUUACUUAAUUCCAACAUUGAGGUGGUUGAGACUCGAUGAAAGUGUUCAACAAUUUGCGGUUUUCAUGCUUUCUCAAGUUGAUCUUGCGAGGGAAGCCGCACAAUUAAGCAGGUUUGCAUAUAACUUUCGGAGAUGGAAAGAUGUAUCCUUUCCAAAGCCCUUAUACCCACUUGUUCAUCCCGCUGUUUUGGUGGAGACAUAUGAGCAGGGGGAGAGUGUUGCCUAUUAUGUCGAUGUGCUCAAGGGGCAUGCUCGAAUAAAGAAGGCUUUGGCUCACAUUGGGACCCAUGCCCUCCUCAAGAUGCUUCUUGUGGACAAUUUUAUCCAUGCAGAUAUGCAUCCUGGAAAUAUUCUUGUUUAUGUUCCUAAUACCAAAACAUCAAGUAAAAGACUGUUUAGAUCGAGGCCCCAUGUUAAAUUUAUUGAUGUUGGCAUGACUGCUGAGCUUUCUCAGAGUGACAGAGUAAUUUUGUUGGAUUUCUUUAAGGCUGUUGCACUUAGAGAUGGCCGCACUGCUGCAGAGUGCACCCUGAAGUUUUCACAGAAACAGAACUGUCCAAACCCUAAGGCCUUUUUAGAGGAAGUUGAGAAAUAUUUUACCUUUUGGAGCACUCCAGAGGGUGAAGCUGUACAUCCUGCAGAUUGCAUGCGGCAACUGCUCGAACAAGUUCGACGUCAUAAAGUCAAUGUUGAUGGAAAUGUUUGUACCGUGAUGGUAACUAUUCUUGUCCUCGAGGGUUGGCAAAGGAAGCUUGAUCCAGGUUAUGAUGUGAUGAAGACAUUACAAACACUCUUAUUCAAAUCUGACUGGGCCGAGUCUCUCACUUACACCAUUGAAGGACUCAUGGCCCCUUAAAGCUCUUAUGGUUUUUCAUUUCCUCCUUUAUUUUCUGCAAUUUGUGUAAAUAAAUUUUGGAACUUCCUUACUUCUAAGUUAUGGUUUUCAAUCAUAUUUGAUUAAUAAAUAACUUUGAUCUCUCUCUC